CGCUGACGUCACUGCGUAAGUCCAUAACAGGGCUGCAGCUGUCUGGGAGCAACAAUAACAAGCUUUAAUAACCAUUAACUUCAACGCGACCGAAGCGCGAUAUGACAGCGCCAAAUACUGCGUAAUCCCGCAAAAUGUGGCGGUAGGAAUCAGUGUCGCCUUCGUCCUCCGAGUGAAUUGUUCGUGGGGGGGUUUUGUUUUUGUUUUUUCUUGUCGCAGCAACCGCCGCGAAUCAAGCAGCAGACUCGGCCGCAGGGGAGCAAGACAGUUUGGGGCUGCAUCUGGGUCAGUGGGCCUUUGCCGGUGGUAUCGUUCCCCUCGCGUUGUCCCACCGCGUCUGUCAUUCCUUUUUGGCUCGGCAAACAAACUGUGCUAACAUGCAGGCUAACGGGGCAGCUCCGGACAGAGAGCCAGAAGUGUCCUGCCGAAACGGAACCCAGAACGGCGAGUCGUCCGCCACUGGGGCAGCUCACUCAAAUGGACUUGUGUCAGCCACUAACAAUGGCAACCCAGUGACUAACAACAACAACAACGGAGUGUCAGCCCUGCCCGCGUCUAACAACAUCAACAACAGCUCGGGCGACAUCAGCUGUGGCGUCAAGAAGAAGAAGCGCUUGUCUCAAUCUGAGGAAGACGUCAUCAGGCUCAUCGGACAACAUUUACACGAUUUGGGUCUCAAUCAGACGGUGGACCUCCUCAUGCAAGAAUCUGGCUGCAGGCUGGAGCAUCCCUCUGCCACAAAGUUUCGUAAUCAUGUCAUGGAAGGAGAAUGGGACAAGGCGGAGAGUGACCUAAAUGAGCUGAAGGCACUGAUGCAUUCUCCUACUGCUAUAGUGCGCAUGAAGUUCCUACUGCUUCAGCAAAAGUAUUUGGAGUAUCUCGAGGAUGGUAAAGUCUUGGAGGCUCUCCAAGUUCUCAGAGCUGAACUCACUCCCCUCAAGUACAACACUGAGCGAAUCCACAUUUUGAGCGGGUACCUGAUGUGCAGUCAUGCAGAGGACCUGCGAGCCAAAGCGGACUGGGAAGGCAAAGGCACUGUAUCCCGAACAAAGCUGCUGGACAAACUCCAGACCUACCUGCCUCCAUCAGUGAUGCUGCCUCCUCGCAGACUGCAGACACUGCUAAAACAGGCAGUGGAACUACAGCGGGAGCGCUGCCUUUACCACAACACUAAGCUGGACAACGGACUGGACUCGGUGUCCUUGCUACUGGACCACGGCUGCAGCCGGAAACAGUUCCCUUGCUACACUCAGCAAAUACUUACUGAACACUGCAAUGAAGUCUGGUUCUGCAAGUUCUCCAAUGACGGCACAAAACUGGCAACUGGUUCUAAAGACACCACCGUCAUUAUAUGGCAUGUUGACACGGAAACACGACAGGUGAAGUUAAUGAAGACCCUUGAGGGUCAUGCGUAUGGAGUUUCAUAUUUGGCAUGGAGCCCUGAUGACUCCUAUCUGAUAGCAUGUGGUCCUGAUGAUUGCUCUGAAUUGUGGCUGUGGAAUGUACAGACGGGGGAGUUACGAACAAAGAUGAGUCAAUCUCAUGAAGAUAGUCUCACCAGCGUGGCGUGGAAUCCAGAUGGCAAACGCUUCAUCACUGGUGGGCAGAGAGGCCAAUUCUACCAAUGUGAUUUAGAUGGAAACCUACUGGACUCGUGGGAAGGCAUUCGUGUGCAGUGCCUGUGGUGUUUGGGAGACGGACGGAGCGUCCUUGCUUCUGACACCCACCAACGCAUUCGUGGCUACAACUUUGAGGACCUGACGGACAGAAACAUAGUCCAGGAGGACCAUCCCAUCAUGUCCUUCACUGUCUCCAAGAAUGGAAGAUUAGCUCUGCUCAACGUUGCUACCCAGGGAGUGCACUUGUGGGACCUGCAGGAUCGGGUGCUGGUGAGGAAGUACCAAGGGGUGACACAGGGCUUCUACACCAUCCACUCCUGCUUUGGAGGCCACAAUGAAGACUUCAUUGCGAGCGGCAGUGAAGACCACAAAGUUUACAUCUGGCACAGGCGCAGCGAGUUGCCCAUCGCGGAGCUGACAGGACACACGCGCACGGUCAACUGUGUGAGCUGGAACCCCGUCCUGCCCGGUCUACUGGCAAGCGCCUCCGAUGACGGAACCAUCCGAAUCUGGGGACCCGCCCCUUACUUGGAUGUCCAGGACACAGAGGGACUCAAUGAUUGUUGCAGCAUGGACAGCUGAUGAUCUGUGACCGUUGCUACCGUUGUCGCUGUGAACGCGACGAGCACUAAAUGACUCUGGUGACACUUGACUGGAUGGAGCAAGGAGAAUUUUGCUGACCGGACAUCCUGGAGGCCAGAGGAGCGGUUGCUGGGUUUCUCCUUGAGACCACACCUAGAAGUCCGUUGUCUGACGCAUCUUCUCUUGACUGGAUCCACCCACCUCCUCUUAUUUAUUAUCAGAGACCUAAUUUAUUGUUGAAGUGACACAAAAUCACUCCUUGUAGAGAGAGAGUGUGUGUGUGUGUGUGUGUGUGUGUGUGUUUGCUUUCUUCUUCACCUCACGUCUUGAGAUUUUACCUGCAGGAACACAGUGGAUGUAACACCCACGCAAAGGGAGUUUUAAAUGACUUAUCUAGCCUACACUAUAUUGUCAUUUUAAAGUACACAAGAGGUUUUCCGGCUUUGUUUUCCUUCCCCUUGUCGCUUUCGUGCUGAGACAAACGAGUAUUUAAUAAGCAUGUCGCACAAGGUUGCACAAUGAUGUGUUUGAUGGUCCACGACACGCUCAACAGUAUGGCCUCCAUCUAGCAAGACAUUGAGUUGCUGAUUUGUGGCAGUACGUUGGGAUUGCCAGUGUGGAUUCCUUCAUGCCUUUGUUGUGGAUGUGCUUCAUCUAUUCUGGCUUCACUAGUUGCUCUUAUACACCAAUCCAUGUUUGAGUGUAGACUAUUGCCAUCUCUUCUCGCAGACUGCAGUCCACUUGUUUUAGUAUAUUUUAGUUUUCUUGUAACUUUCAGAUGUUUUAUUCACUUUUUUUUCCUCAUUACAAAUUGAGUUAAACAUUUAAAGUCCCUGUUUUUUUUACCUUCUGUUUACCCUAAGCUAAAUAUGACUUUGGAUGUCAAAACAUAAUUGUGUCUGUUAAAAGUUUGAUUUUACCAUCUUCUCUCUGACAAUUCUUCUGGUUUUAGUAAGUUUGGAAUUCAUCCAAGACAAUAUUCACAAAUCUUACACAGUGAUUUUAGAUGAAGCCGCAAUAAUCUCCUUAAAACAGCUGCUCAUUGGCGUUGUUAAACUUCUUUCAUGCGGCUGUUGUAGCUAUUUUCAAUGCCAGUGCUUGUAGUGAGUAUUUCUGGCCGUGAGAUGGAUUUAUAAUAUGUGUGUCAUCAGGAAUGUCACCUAUUGCACCAGUCACCUAAAGGGUGUUGGGAUUCAGGUCUGCACGUGAUGUGUUGAUAGUGAACGCAUAUUCGAUAUCAUGCAAUUAGCCAUUUUGUACACAUCUCUACUGAGAUAACAAUAUGUUUAACAAUUACCUAGUCACUUCCCACACAGUGUAAAAAAAAAAAAAGAAAUCCUGAUAAACUUGUACAAAGUGUUUCUUUUUAUAGACUUGAGUGAACAAUCUGAUUUCUGAUGUUCUAUGUGCUGUAUAUUUGUGUUAUGGCAUGUUUGAUGAGGUUGUGUUUAAAGACAGGAUACAAAAUAUGUCACAUGGUUCCUGCAUUUUUAUUUGUUUAGUUUUUUUCAUGAUAAAAACGUUUCAGUGCACCUUUUCCAUGAGAUACAAGACUGUCUUUUAAUAUUUUCAUCUGAUUGCACUGAAAACAAAAUCCAGACCAUAAAUCUGCAAAUUGGUGUAUAUGGAAGUGCAGAAAAAAGUGCAAAUUUGCAUUUCGGCCAAAAUAGAAGUGACAUAUUUAAACUGCUUUUACAAUUUGCUUGGUAAAAAGAAAAAUUGUCCAGCCCUUGAACCGUGUUUCUAUCUCAACAUCAUCUUCAAUCAACACAAACACACACUUCAGUCACUCACAGCUGUUGUUCAAGUCUCUGCUUCUGCUAGCAUUUCUUUUGAGUCUGUGGUUCGGGCUUCUCUUGCUGUAAAACAAGAAAAGAAGGAACUUCCUUUGCUUGCAGGUAGUUUCUGCCAGAUGCGUGUUAUUACAAAAGUGAUUGUACUGUUCUGUAUUGUUCUGUAUACAAAUUUUAAAUAAAGAGUCAGGGUUUUAAAAA